AUGGCUUUCUGGUCUGCAGAAAACGCCACAAAGGCCUAUCUCACUACUCUGAAAAUGGGACAAAGAGCCAAAGAGCCAGACGUGGCUGAGUUCAUAUCAGCAUUAGCCGCCGGCAACAACGCACAACUAAUGGUGGUGGCGUGCGGCGGCGCGUUGGGCUCCACGACGCAGGCCUUAGUGGCGGCCAGCCACCAAACGGGAGGUCGUGUAAUCUGCACUGUUCGAAAUCUCGAACACCUAAACGCGUACAAGAAAUCAAUGGGCAUCUCAGAAUUACGUCAAGUUGAGUUCGUGAUCGGAGAGCCUCAAGAACUGUUAACAACCCAAUACGACGUGGCAGAUUUCGUACUCGUAGAUUGUAAGAUGGAGAACUACGAGGAGGUUCUGAGAGCUGUGGAUAGAGUGAGAGGGAGGAAACAAAACGGCACGGUGGUUGUGGGGUAUAAUGCUUUUAGGAGCAGAGGGUCGUUUGGGUCCAAAACGCAGUUUCUUCCAAUAGGAGAAGGCUUGUUGGUGACUAAAUUUACUGGGAGAAAUAAUAAUAAUAAUAGUAACAAUAAUAAUAUGGGGAUGAAGGUGAGAAGAAGCAGGUGGAUAGUGAAGGUGGAUAAAUGCACUGGGGAAGAACAUGUGUUUAGGGUUAGGUUUCCCCAAGGAAAAGUCAUUCAUGCUUGAUUUUUCAUUAAAUUAAGUUAGGGUUUUUGG